AUGCAGCUUCCAAGCCCAGAACAUGACCUUGUCAUGUCACUUCUUUUCAUUUGUCUCGUCCUGGUGUGCAUACUUUGCAUUGGUUGUCUGAUCCUAGUCGCCAUUGUCAUCAAGCUUGCUAUCCAUGUCCAGAGAGGCCCACCAAUCGAGAUUAAGGAAAAGAAACACAGUGUCAAGGAGGAGGUCAAGGACGAGUUCAAAAAAACUAUAAAGAAGCUGGGGGAUCCCGUCCAAGAACUCUUCCAUUCAGCACAAGAUCAUCUCAAGCUUCCAAAGAACCCAUUCACAAAACAACAAACCCAUCGAUCCAUUCAUCUAUCCGAAAUGACUUCCCACAUUCAGCACAUGACCGCUGUGUCCCUGCCUGACGGCAACACCAUCAUGUUCCAAGUGAAUGAGAAGUAUCAGAUAGACAUUUACGAGAGCCAAACUAGGACCGAGUCUACACCUGGAGCGAAGAAAUAUGACACCAAUACCUUGAAAAUCAAGGCAAAGCCCGUCAUUGUCAACCCAAAGCUUCCUGUCAUUACCGCUGUCGCCUUCCAGCACCCGGACGCUUGGAACGGCAAACCUCAGGUUCGAGUUUACUACGUCGACAGGGACUUUAUGAACAUCCGGGAGGCUUACCGUGUCGGAGGUAACGGGGAAGAAUGGGAUGAUGGAUGGAGCUUCAACAAGAGGGACUUGGUCAUUGCUCCAACCAGUGGUCUGACUGCCAACGUCUUCCAGCAUCCCAACGACAUGAGGAACUUCCAAGUCAAGCUCUACUAUCAGCGUGACAACGAGGAUAACCAUCCGGAUGUUGCUUUCAACGUUGUCGGUGCCCAGGAUGCUUGGGACACACGACGCAACGUCACCACCAACUAA